AUGUGGAAGGUCAAACGUGAGUGUUUUCUGCACGCCACUUCAGUUUUUCUCGCCGUUAAGUUACUCUGUCUGUGUGUGUGAUGGUCUGUGUGUGUGUGUGUGUGUGUGUGUGUGUGUGUGUGAUGGUCUGUGUGUGUGACAGUCUGUGUGUGUCUGUGUGUGUGUGUGUGUGUGUGUGUGUGUGUGUGUGUCGGUGUGUAUCUGCUCUGUAAUCUCAGACUCUGGAUUAAGAUAAUCCUGAACCUCCAAACCUAAAAACACGAUUUUUACUGAAAUUGUGGAAUUAAAGCAGAAACAUAAUCUCAGAUUACGGAGGUCAAAACUACUUAAAUCCAACAAGAUUAAAUCGAUUUAAUUCUCCCAUUAAAUGACAGAAUAAUGACUUUACUCUUCAGAUUAUGAGAUUAAAUAAUAAAGGGGGGGGGGGUAUGUUUGAUUUUUGUUUAUUUUUUUAAAGAUUUUAUCACUUUUUUUUUUGGAUUAUUCAAACAUCAUUUCUCUGUUUUUCUCUUCAUUUAUAUUUUAAUUUCUUGUCAUUUUCCUUCUUUUUUUCCCGCCUGGUUUCCUUCAACAUUCAGACUGAUUUUAUCGUCAAACUGAGACGUUUCUUCGUUUCUUUGUUUCUUAUUUUUUUCACAUUCGGUCGUUUUGUGUUUGUUGCAGCUCCGAUUGUUUUUCCCAAAGAGACGAGGUACCGGCCCAUCCUGGAGGUAAACAUGAGGAACGAUCAUGAGAGAAAAAAGAAGGCGGAGCUAACACUGAAAAUAGCACUGAAGCUAAUGCUAAAGCUAAUGCUAAUGCUAACAGCUCUUUGCUAACACAGAGUUUAAAAAAAAAACGACCGAUGAUCGGAAUUUAAAAUCACGUUAAAGAGUUUUUAUUUUUUCAGUAAAUCUGAUUUCUGACUCGAUCCUGAAUCCACCCGUCUGACUCAGAUCUCCGUCCGUCUCAGGGUCUGGUUCCUCCUGACCCCAUGUCCCAGUUCCACCUGAAGCGGCGCUCACCUGAGGACGAGUUCCCCGACCUGUGCAGGAACUCCACCUGGAUGGGACGGAUCCUCACGCCCGCCAUGUACUGCCGACAGUUUGACCGCUGCACCCACAGCGGGGUCAUCUUCGACGACGUGAUUCGCCCCGGCCUCGAGGAGCCAGGUGAUGUCACUGUGAUGUCACUGGGAUGUCACUGUGAUGUCACUGUGAUGUCAGAGGCCUAAAGCGAGGUUUAAAAAAAUAACAGAUUUAAAGAGACAGUCAGUGAUUUCUUCAAAAUGGAAAUCUAUGAAUUUUUCCGACGUUUAAACAAAAAAGCGUCCGUGAAGUGACCCUCAUGAACACAAAUAUCUUCCCGCUCCUGUUUGUGUCGAACAAUGGUGACGUUUGUCUCAUAUUGAUGACGUAAAGGUCGGAUAAACUCGACCUGAGCGUCACACUGCAGUCACAUCAGAUACAGAUCUGAUUUAUAUCCACAUACAGAAGAGGGUCGGAUCAGAACCAAUCAGAACUGAGCUGCAGUCUGAACGUAGACUAGGAUAAACUCAUAUCUCCCUCACUGCAGCUGGGGGGCGCUCUUUGCUCUGUAGUGGGAAUCAUCAUCAAACUCACAGACCAAUCAGGAAUAACGCUGCGUUCAAGUUACUCCUGAGGUCAGAUGUCGGAGCUGAAAAUGGCGUCACACCCGAGUUCACAGCGUCUCAGUUACCAAGUCGGAAAAAAAACAAAAUCGGAGGUUGAAACAAGAUGGCGACAUCUACGAAAGUUACUUUAGCGCUCGCCUAAUAUCCGGACAAGGCGAGGCCACCUCCGAUUUUGCUUUUUCUGACUUGGUAACUGAAACUCUGUGAACUCGGGUGUGACGCCAUUUUCAGCUCCGACAUCCGAGGAAACUCGAACGCUGCAUAAAAUACUCCAGGAAUGCUCAUGGGGAGUCUCCCCCUGCUGGCCGUUUAGAAGAUUACAGCUAUCGGACGCCUCUUAAGAGUCUGUUUCUCCUCAUACUCACUCUGUGUUUGUGUGUCUGGAAGGUGAUUGGUCGGCUACUUUAUCUGUCGGCUGUGCUGCUGGCGACGCCCAGUCCUACAUCCUGUUCUGUGACUUUUUUGAUCGAGUCAUCGAGGCGUUUCACAAACACAAGGUCACGAGUCAGACGCCGGAGAGUGACCUGAACUACGAUAACCUGAAGGUAGCAGAGACUCCGAGUUUUAGGAACCUCUCCCUGAAAACCGCGGACUGGCCCUUUAAACGACCCGACGCUCCUCAUCUUUGUGCGUCUGUGAUUUCAGGGCGGCGAUAACUUGGACAGGUCGUACGCCAUCAGCUGUGAGGUGAGCGUCAUUCGAGCUGUUGAAGACUUCUGCUUCCCGACGCACUGCAGCCGAGGAGAGCGCAGACAGCUCCUCUCACUGGCCAGGAGAGGUACUGCACGUCUCCGUUUACACGAAGCAGCAGGUUCAGGCCGUAACUAAAGAAACAGAUAAAAUAAGAGACGUACGGAGGCCCUGAAGGACAACUGCACGGGCGUUUCACAAAGUCCAAAAGUAUGAGACAAAUCCAGGGACAUUUUUCAAAAUGAUUAAUAAAUAAAAUGGGACAGAAAAAUUAUAAAACACCAACAUUUAUAAAGAUUUUCAAAGAGCAUUUCAUUCUGUUCACAAAUACCCAAAAUGUAAAAAUAUAAAACAAAAACUUGAAGAAUUAAAAAUACCCGCAAAACACGAAAGAAAAAAAAAAAAAGAAAGAAAAAUCCAGAAAUGUCUCCGUUUUAUGUCGUCGAUUCUUUUCUCUUAAAAAAAUCUCCUGAAUUUGUUUCACAGUAAAUUAAAAAAAUCGGUUACAGAUGUUGAAGAUGUUGAUGUAAUGUCGGAGCACUUCAGGGCCUCCGUACUCUGAGAUAGUGAAACAGGGGAGCGCCCUCUGCUGGUCAGGGUUCAUGACCUCUGGUGUCUCCUCUGGGUUUCAGCUCUGCAGCGUCUUCAGGAGGAGCUGCCGGGUCGCCUCCUCUCUGUGGAGGAUCUGAACCAGGAGCAGCGGACCGAGCUCAAACUCGACUCCCCGUCUGCCUUCCAGCUUCGCACCGGCGUGGCCCGGGAUUGGCCGGAUGCCCGGGCCGUGUGGUCAGUCAGGUUUCCUCUCCUGUCAUCUUUGUUGUUUGUUUCCUCCACUCAGGAGUUGCUGGUCUACCUGCUGCUUUGGUUUUAGAAAGACCGGACCACCGUGGACCAGCGACCCCUGAGAGUUUUAGUCUGUGGAGUCUGUGGAGCAGCUUCCUUUGACCGUCUGAAAUACUCAGAAUCUGAUCAGAUACAUGUCCUCUGGUCCUUCACUGCAGGGUGAGUGAAGACGGCGGCCUGGUGGUCUGGAUCAACAUAGAGGACCACCUCCGGCUGGUGUGUACCCGGCAGGACGCCAACAUCACAGAGACUUUUAAAAACAUCUACAGUCACCUGCAGAAGGUGAGGAGGAGAAACGCUGCAGCAGGAAUCAAAAACAGGUUUUCUUCUGUUAAAUCUGCUUCUUCUGACCUUCUGAAGCUGCAGGACGUCUACAGAGACCUCCGACACCCGUUCAUCUGGAAGCAGCAGCUGGGCUGGGUGACCAGCUCUCCGGCGGACGUGGGGACGGGACUGAGAGUCAAAGUCAAAGUCAAACUGCAGCAUCUGCCCGGACACAGACGACUGCAGGACGUCCUGAAGAGACUGAGGAUCAGCAUGGAAAAGACAGGUACCCAGACCAGGACCCAAGGCUGCCUACGGAGGCCCAGAGGAGCCAAAAAAAUGGUUUACCUUUAAAGCUUAAAAACUAAAGAUAAAAGUCAUUUACAGAAAAUUGUUAUAAUAAGCAGGAAGAUAAUUUCAGAUUAAAAAAGAAACACUUUUAUUCAUAAGAAAUAAUCCUGAUCAAUUUAAAAUUUAAUUUAAAAUCAACCCCAUUAUAACAGUCUUCACUUACUACUAUUAUAAUAAUGAUAAUAAUAAUAAUACUGAUAUUAAUAAUAAUAAUCACAACAACAGUCAUAAAAAUUUAAUGAUGAAAAGUUAAAAAUUAUAGUAAUAAUAACAACAGCAAUAAUAAUUAAAUGUUAAAAAAAUAAAAUAAUUAUAAUAAUAAUAAUUACAGUAAUAAUAAUAAAUAAAUAAUGAAAUGUUUCAAAAUAACAAUGAUAAAAAAAUAAUAAUAAUGAUGAAAUAAUUUAAAGUAAAAAAAAUAUAUAAUAAUGAAAAGCUUAAAAAUAUCAAUACUAAUAAUAAUAAAAUAAUGAAAGGUUUAAAAUAAUGACAGUAAUAGUAAAACAGAAUAAUUACAUCAGCAAUAAUAAUAAUAAUAAUAAGUAAAGGUUUUAAAAUAAUAACUAACGUCUCUAAUUGUUUCAAUAAUGACGGGCUGACCGGGUCGUACCCGGCUCUGCAGACUCUCAGAGAAACAUCUGACCAUGUUCCAGACCAGGUCAAGAACUUUGAGGGAUCCGUCGGGGAUUAUGUUCCAGUUUAAUGUCAACCUGCCGACCUGUAACCAGAACCCUGACAUGCAGGUCUGGUUCUGACCCAACAUGAACUCUUUCUGGACUCACACUCCAAAGCAGUCUUUUUUUUCAGGCGCCAUGGUUCUGCUGCAGUUAAAUCACUGUCCAAACGGGGGCGCUGUAACUGUCAUCCACUGUCAGAUUAUUCGUCAAGCUUUUAAACACUCAGCUCAGAAACCUCUUCUUUUCCCAGAAUCCCCGGUGCUGUACUGCGUGAGCAACAUGGCGACCUUUGGCGUGAGCGAGGUGAUGCUGACCCAGCUGGUUGUGGAUGGGGUCAAACUGCUCAUCACCAUGGAGACGAGGCUGGAAGGAGGCGGAGAUAUUGACGACCUUGUUCCUGCACAGAAGUAG